GUGGCCGGCGUGACUCGUCGCGCGAGAUUCAGCGCGGUUCGGUCGGAUUUUCCGAGCGGCUUCUGGCGUGCUCGGGAAGCCUAGGAAGGGAAAAAAAACAGGAGACGCGUCGUCGGGAAACGAGCGGCGACGUCAGGGUCACGCGGAACGCGGCGCAGGAGGAGAGCCGGGGCGCUCUGAAACGGGGCCAGGAAUCCCAGCCAACGGCCACGAGGGUAAGUUUCGAGCAACCCCCAGGACACGCGGGCCGGCCGGCAUGGAGGUCGGUGUGGCCGACGUCGCGCAGAUCGCGGCAGAGCUCGCCAGGGCGGUCGAGGUGACGAUGUCGCCAAACGUGCCACACCAGCAGCGACUGGAGGCGUAUAACGCGUGCGAGCGGUUCAAGGAAUCUUCUCCGUUAUGCGCUCAAUGCGGUCUCUACCUCGCCCAGAAAUCUCCCAACAGGAGUCCCGUGGUUCGCCACUUCGGACUCCAGUUGAUGGAGCACUGCGUCAAGUACCGCUGGACCCAGAUAUCCCAGCCGGAGAAGAUAUUCAUUAAGGAGAGCGCCAUGAAGUUGCUGCAAGAAGGCACCGAGCCGCUGCUUCAGGAAGAGACUCACAUCAAGGACGCGCUCUCCAGGGUGGUUGUCGAGAUGAUCAAGCGAGAGUGGCCACAACAGUGGCCGACCCUGCUUGCCGAGCUCAGCGAGGCUUGCACCAGAGGCGAGAGCCAAACCGAGUUGGUUCUGCUGGUCUUUCUCAGGCUAGUCGAAGAUGUCGCGCUGUUGCAGACUCUGGAGUCCAACCAGAGAAGGAAGGACAUCUAUCAGGCGCUCACUACAAACAUGGCGGAGAUUUUUUCCUUUUUUCUUAGGCUCGUCGAACAGCAUUUCGCGGAGUUCAGAGACAAGACUGCUAUAGGUAGAACCGAGGAAGCGGCAGCUCAUAGUAAAGUAGUGCAGGUGGUUUUGCUGACACUGACGGGAUUCGUGGAAUGGGUUUCCAUAACUCAUGUUAUGGCAGAAGAUGGACGCCUGUUGCAAAUUCUUUGCCUGCUGUUAGGAAAUUCCACUUUUAGAUGCUCGGCUGCGGAAUGCUUGCUGCAGGUCGUCAAUCGUAAGGGGAAAGCAGAAGACAGGAAACAGUUAAUGAUUUUGUUCACCGACGAGGCACUGGGUUGCAUGUACUCGGCAGCCACGGCACCUCAGCCUCCUUCCAUCGGAGGCCCGAACGACCUUCGCGAGAAUCAUUAUCUUUUUCUCAAGAAACUCACUCAGGUUCUCACUGGAAUGGCUACGCAGCUGUGCAGUGUUUGGGGGAAAGAUGACAUGUCCGGUAUUCGACCCAACAAUUUCAGUCUCUUCCUGGACACGGUUCUUACCUUCACCGUACACUCCAGUUUAACGUUAACUCAUUUAGCGAAUGCAAUUUGGAUAAUGCUGUUCAAGCAUGAGCAGAUCAAGGUCGACUCGACGCUUCUAACUUACAUUCCAAAAUAUGUGGAAACUAGUGGGCCAAAGUUGGUCCGAGUAGCAUACCACAAUGGCAGACUAGCAAAUGGCACAUCGAUGCACUACUUUGCAGAUUACGACUCAGAGGAAGAAUUCAACGUGUUCUUCCACAGAUUUAAAAUGGACUUAUUGGAAGGGUUUCGACAUGCCACGAUGGUAGCUCCCUUAGUGACAUUUGCAUACGUGCAACAUUGGUUGACCGUCAAGAUUACAAAGGGUCUGUCGAUUCUGGAUUACAAGAGCGAACCCAACGAUCCGGAGUACCUCGAAUGGGAAGCUCUGGCACAGGUGUUGGACUCAGUGGUGUCGAAGAUCUUGUUAGUGAGCGAAAGGCCAAGUGUUCAGAGUGGCCUCCAGCUUCUGGAAUUAUGUCUCGGCUACUCUCCUUCGGAUCCCUGGCUUCUCUCCAGUUUAUUAUCCUGCAUCAGCGCACUCUUCGUAUUUCUCUCCAUGUCCAGUGGGUCGAUGGCGAUGCCAGGAGUAACCAUUCUGCCGAGAGUCCUGGAGAAGAUCUUCGCAGCCCUGGUGUUUGAGGUGCCAGGAGAGACCAGGGAGACCCGAUCAAAGGCAGCUAAAAAUGUGAGGAGGCAUGCUGCUAGCCUCAUGGUCAAGAUCGGUUUAAAGUAUCCCCUACUAUUGCUUCCUGUCUUCGAGCAAAUCCACACUACGGUACGAGGCCUGGUGCACGAGCCCAGCCAGUUGUCCAGGAUGGAGAGUGUCACCCUCUACGAGGCUCUGCUUCUGAUAUCGAAUCAUUUCUGCGACUACGAGAGGCAGACUCGGUUCGUCGCGGAGGUCAUCGGAGAAGGCUCCUCUUGCUUCCUGGCAUUGGGAGCAGAAGCCUUCAAGGGACCCAUCGAACUGAUGAGGUGGGUUGGCUUGGACAGACCGCCCGUUGAAAAUGGACUCGAAGACCCAACUGGAAAGAACCGGGCAGACUUGAUGUUCUGUGUAUGCACCAUACUAAGUGUUGUAAAACGGUGUUCCAUUCCGGAGGACCCUGACCGUGCUGCCAGGGGAGGCUUCGUGGCUGCGUUAAGUGAAAGCGGCAAUCCAGUCUACAGAAAUCCAGCAUCGCCACACAUAAUCCCUAUCCUGCCAACUUUGUUCAACCUAGUGAGAGCGAUGAAUGCACUCUUCACCCCACAUGCUCUCGCCUCCCUCUCGGAGGGCUACCGGAACGCCUACAACUUGCUAGAGUGGGAAAAGCACAACCUUCUGGGCCUGAGUGGAGGAAUAUCCAGUGAGAGCGUUCCGGAGCAGGAACAGUCCCCUUGUGCACCCUUGAUUCGCAUGCAGUCGUUCUUCAGUAACAUCCACGACUACUGUUACCACCUCCUAGGCAGUGGCUGUCAUACGAUAGGCAGAGAUUUCUACCAGCUGCCAGGUCUGGCACCGGCCCUCAUCAACUCAGUGUUCUCCAACCUGGAGGUUAUUCCCGAUUACAGAUUGCGGCCGAUAAUCCGCGUCUUCAUGAAGCCGUUUGUCUACUCGUGUCCUCCCGCGUUCUACGAGAGCGUCCUCGUGCCCAUCCUGGCGCAUACGUCGUCUCACAUGUACCAGAGACUCAGUGCGAAGUGGCAGUACAUGACGUUGCUCCACGAGUCCGGGGGCCUGGAUGAGAACACCGACACCCAGGAGGUGAUCGACGACAUGUUGAACAGGAACUUGACGAGAGACUUCAUCGACGUGCUGAAGGUUACCCUGGUUGGAGGAGCGGCCAGCGACGCGGCUCCACCUGAUUCCAUGGAGCAGGACAACGGCGGCAUGGCCGUGGAUCCGCCCUCGUCAAGAGGCAAUAGCAUCGUCGCCGAGGUCGUCAGCGAGCUCGGAGCCUUUGUCCUCCGACACCCGGCCACGUGCCACAGCAUCGUCCUCUGCGUGCUGGGGGCCCUAUCCUGGAACGACUCGAACGCCAGCCUCAGGGCGACGACGUUAACCGGUCCCAUUGUGCGAGCCCUGGCAGCAGAUUGCAGCCUGACCCCGGCCAUGGCUGCCCACAUCAUGGUGGCCGUUCUUCAGGGUCUGCAGCUCCACGGGCAACACGAGGCGAACCAGGGCUCCCUCAUCACCCUGGGAGCACAGGUGUACGAGUGCCUCAGGCCGAAGUUCCCCAACAUCAUCGACGUGAUGCAGCAGAUCCCAGGGGUUAACCCGGCGGAUCUGCAACGCUUCGACGAGAAGAUGUCGGUCACCAGCACCAAGGGGAACAAGGUCGAGAAGGGAAAGAAGGACCUUUUCAAGAAGAUCACUAACCAGCUGAUCGGUCGAAGCGUGGGCCAGCUCUUCCGGAAGGAGGUGAAGAUCGACAACCUGCCUCGGCUGGAGGUCCCGGGGAAGCCGAAGCCCCUGCGGUUGGACGACAUCUCGAAGAGCGCCACCGACACCGGGUUGGCCGCCCUCUUCGCCGGCCCCACGUAACGAACGAUCGCGGGCGGACGCGCGUCCUCGCGCGCCCGUGGACCGGCUCUCGAAUUCGACGUCUGAUCGCAAACCGUCUCAAACUGUCGUCCUGGACCUUGAAGACCGUGACGAAGAAAAUAGCCGUCGAGGACGACUCGCUUGCGAUUGGCUCCCCCGGCGGGCCCGCUUGCCUCUUGGCUUCUCGUCGACGUAGAGAAUGCACUUUUCUCAUCCUCGGGGACGGGAAGAGACGCGAAGACAUCACCUGACUCGUUGCAACGGAUGUCGACGAACGUUCUCCGGGGAAGCGCUUCCUUCCAGGACGAGAGGCGGACUAUUUGUUCAUUUUACCCGUCUCGCCGGUUUCCGGCCCACGGAGGGCGUUCGUCCCGGUUUCUUUUUUAUAUUUAUACCUCGGGCUGCCGCGCGCAUCGGCUGGACCGACUCGACUCGUGUGAAGGGACAUUCCGCUCCUCGGGAUCAGCUUCGGGAAUUAUUUGGCGUUGGCACCGACUGGUUGAGACUCUCGCAACGGCAGCGGUCGCUCGGAUCCGACUGCCGCGUGUUUACUAUGCUGCAUGGCUACGUUUAGGCGCAACUACGGUUUUAUCACGGUGUACGUAUCAUGUAAAUUCAU